UCACUCCUCACUCUGUUCUUUCCUUUCGAAAAAAAAAACAUUUUUCUCCAAUUGUUGUUUCCUUGCUUUAUAUUUUGUUUUGUUGCUUGUGAAGCUAAGGUAGGAGACUAUAAUGGCAAAGAAGCCGAGAAUUGUGAUAAUUGGAGCCGGGAUGGCUGGUCUUACUGCGGCUAACAAGCUGUAUACUUCCACUAGCUCCAACGAUUUGUUCGAGUUGGUUGUUGUCGAAGGCGGCGAUAGAAUUGGUGGCAGAAUCAACACUUCUGAGUUUUGUGGUGACAGAAUUGAGAUGGGUGCUACUUGGAUCCAUGGAAUAGGAGGUAGCCCGGUUCAUCAAAUUGCUCGGGAAAUUCAUGCUCUCGAGUCUGACCAGCCAUGGGAGUGCAUGGAUGGGUUCUCGGACGAGCCGAUGACCAUUGCUGAAGGUGGGUUCGAGCUGAAUGCCUCUAUCGUUGACCCCAUAUCCACCCUUUUCAAUAACCUGAUGGAUUUCGCUCAAGGAAAGCUGGCUCAAGACGGUGCAGCAGCCUCUAAAGGUUGUGCGAGCGACUCUGUGUUUGGUAACCAAAGUGUCGGUGCGUUUCUUAGACAAGGCCUCGGUGCUUAUUGGGAUUCUUGCAAGGACCAUGAGGAGCUCAGUGGGUAUGGUAAACGGAGCAGGAAGUUGCUGGAAGAAGCCAUUUUCGCCAUGCAUGAAAACACCCAGAGGACUUAUACUUCAGCUGGUGAUCUGUUCAAUCUAGAUUUCGAAGCAGAAAGGGAGUACCGCAUGUUUCCUCGUGAAGAAAUCACCAUUUCGAAAGGCUACUUGAGCGUAAUUGAACACCUUGCAUCUGUUCUUCCUCCUGGUGUAAUCCAAUUAGGCCUCAAAGUCACAACAAUUGAAUGGCAGCCUGAGAAUCAUAAAUCUAAAGAAAUUCAAAAUGGCUAUGAUUCCAGUUCCAGACCAGUGAAGCUUCACUUUUGUGAUGGAUCUGUUAUGUUAGCAGAUCAUGUGAUAAUCACAGUUUCAUUAGGUGUCCUAAAAGCUGGAACUGGUCAAGAUUCAGGUAUGUUCAAUCCUCCACUUCCUUCUUUCAAGACAGAGGCUAUAUCAAGACUGGGAUAUGGUGUUGUUAACAAGCUGUUUCUUCAAUGGAGUCCAAAUGGUAAUAAUAGAAACGCCAAUGACAAAGACAAGUUCCCUUCCCUGCAAAUUGUUUUCCAUCCCCCAGAAUCCGAGUUAAGGCAUGAAAAGAUCCCAGUGACCAUGUUCUUGGGGUCUUACAGCUACGUUGCUGUUGGAUCAAGUGGUGCUGAUUUAGACACAAUGGCUGAGCCAUUACCAAAGACUGGGAGCUCCGAGUUAGACCGGGGUGUGGAUCAUCCACUUCAAAUUUUGUUUGCUGGGGAAGCUACACACAGAACCCACUAUUCUACAACUCAUGGAGCUUAUUUUAGUGGUCUUAGGGAAGCCAGUAGGCUUCUGCAACACUAUCAUUGCCAUGGGGUUUAGACUUAGCAAUUUCAAUUUGAUUUAUUUUUAAAUACCCUAAACCAUCUUUCUUUCUUUUUCUUUAAUGUAAAGCAAAGGGGGUGAAUGAGAGCAAAAAAGAAAA